CCUGAGUAGCGCCGGAAAAUCGUUCUGGGAUUUCAAAUUGACCUAAAAGAUUUUUAGAAGAAGAAUGGAUAGGCUAUCGAAUGCGUUUUCGUUGCUGGAUAUUGAUGUGGACGAUCAUCAUCCCCCAUCGGCUUCAUCAUCUGCUUCCAAACCUUCAGGUAAGAGCAAAAUCAAUGGGAAGGGCUCAACUGAACUGAAACCGGCAUUGCUUUCGGAAAACUACAAGUUACCCCUUGUUUGGAUUGACUUGGAAAUGACUGGUUUGAAUAUUGAGACUGAUAGAAUAUUGGAGAUAGCUUGUAUAAUUACAGAUGGCGCAUGA